AUGAAUAGUAGAUAUCAAAUUAACUUAAAGUAAAAGCUAGGAAGUGGAAUGUAUGGAACUGUAUAUACAGCUAUUGACACAUUGACAAAUGAAAUUGUAGCUGUAAAACAAAUGAACAAAUAGGAACUCGGAUUAGACAAUAAAAUAUUUAGAUAAGAAGUUGAAUCUAUGUAGAGUAUACCUUAUUAAAAUGGUUAGAAUGGUUCAUAAUAUUUAAUAAGGUAAUAUUAAUUAUGUAAUUAAUACAAGAUAUAAGGAUUUCUAUUAGUGUUCUAAUUUCAAUAAUAUUGUAAUGGAAUGUUUUUAAGAUUCUUUGGAUCUUAAUUCUUAUAUAGAAAAGAAAGGGUAAAUUUGUGAAGAUGAUGCCCUACAAAUAUUUUAUUAGAUUGCUUCAGGGAUAAGUUUCUUACAUGACAUGCAUAUUGUACAUAGAGAUAUUAAACCAUCCAAUAUAUUGAUUAGAACUAAACCAAAAUUAGAAAUCAAAAUAAUUGAUUUUGGAUUUGCAAGAUUAUUAAAUGAUGAAUAAACUACUUCUAGAACAUAUGUUGGAACUCCUAUGUAUAUGAGUCCAUAAACAAAAUUAUUGUAUUAAUUAUAAAUUUAAAUUUAGAUCAUAAUAUGAUCCAUAUGCUAAUGAUAUUUGGAGUCUAGGAGUUUUAUUGUUUUUUAUGGUUACUUAACAUUAUCCAUGGAAAUCUAAAAAAAGUGAUUAAUUAGAAAAAGAAAUGCUUAAUUAUGUUGCAUAAUAAAUUCAAAUCAAUAUUAAUGGGAUUCCAUAAUAUGCAAAAGAAUUAAUUAUGGAUUGUUUAUAGGUUGAAGAAUCUGCCAGAAUUAAAGCUAAUGAUUUAGCAUGGAAAACAAAAAGAAUUAUAUAAAUUAUUAUUGACAAAUCUUGUUAACCUAUUUUUAAAUUGCCCAAAUUUAAAUGGGAAUAAUUAGAUGGAUAUAGACCUUCUCUAAAAUAUCCAUUUAUUAAUAAGGAACAACUUGAAUAGUUAGAAUUAUGA